CUUCCACUGGCAGCAGACCAGGCGACACACCAGCACCAAGUCCACUGCAGGUGCCUGGAGAUUUUCCACCCCGUAUAUUGACAGCUGUGGUCAUUGAAGCUGCCGGUCCGUGAUGACGAGCAUUUGUGACCUCCCAGAAGAUGUGCUGGUGGAGUUGCUGUCCAUGCUUCCGGCCCACGAUCUGAUCUGCGCCUGCAGGCUGGUCUGCACCCAGUGGCGGUACGUGGUGGAUCUAACCACCCUGUGGAAGCGCAAGUGCCAGCGGGAGGGGUUUCACACUCAGAGUCUGGACAGAAGCAUAUCUGACUGGAAGAUCUUCUAUAUGCUCUGCAGCUUGAAGAGAAACUUGAUAAAAAAUCCCAGUGCUGAAGAGAGUUUUCGGCACUGGAAACUUGAUAAUAAUGAGGGAGAUAGAUGGAGGAUUGAAGAGCUGCCUGGACCUCUUGGGAGAGAGAUGCCAGAUCCAAAAGUACACAAGUAUUUUGUCACUUCGUUUGGGCUAUGCCUCAAGUCUCAACUCAUUACCCUGAAGAAUGAAGGAUACUGGAAUGAGCUGAUGGAUGAGAAACGGCCUGAAAUUGUAAUCAAGGACUGGUACGCUGCCAGAUUUGACUGUGGAUGCCGCUAUGAAAUUACUGUAAGGCUGCUCUCUGAAGAUUAUAUUGUCCUUGAGGAGUUCCACCCCGAGCCUGUGGUUAUAGAGCAGUGGAGCGAUGCAAUGUGGAGAGAGGUCUCUCACACCUUCCACAAUUACCCAGCUGGAGUUCGUUAUAUCUGGUUUCAACAUGGAGGCCAAGACACCCAGUUCUGGGCAGGAUGGUAUGGGAUCCGAGUGACAAACAGCAGCAUCACCAUUGGGCCCUGGACGUUAUUAUGAAGAAGCAAUAUAAGUGUUCUCUUUUACCUCAGGACUGUAACCAGGUGGUCACAGGUGCACUUACAUUUGUACUCUUUGGGUGAGUGUCCUGGCUCUGUCUUGCACAGYUGAGCUGGAAUAUAAGCAGCUAUUUUUCCUUGUUCAGAGCAGAACAUCUGCAGGCCCAGCCCUUUGGAAGGACUUCUGUCUUCAUCUUUCCUCCUCCUGCCCCAUGGAUUAGUGCAAUUACUAAUGUCCUCCCACAGGACAAUAAAGAUGACAUCUAUCUUUUGUCGUGAUAAUGUUGUGCUGUAGUACAAAGAUGUAAGUCUUAAGAAAUGGAAACUUUCUGGUUUGUCUAUAGAAUUUCUAAAAGCUAGAACUAAAAUUUUAUUUCAGUUCAGUUUAUGACCCUGUUUUUAAGGGCUCUGCUAUGGAGAUGCUUGUUUUGUACGGUAUUUUCCU